AUGGGUUUUGGCACAGGUCUGAAUGCAUUACUGACCCUGCUAAAAGCAGAUAGUAACAAGCGACCUGUACACUACACUACCAUCGACCUGCAUCCUCUUUCACCGGAGGUUUAUAGCGGACUCAAUUAUUGCGAACGGUUACACCAACCAAACUAUCAACCUUUCUUUGAGAAAUUGCACAAUUCGCCCUGGAACGAUAAUUCAGCUAUCAGCGACUGGUUCACCCUGCACAAAAUAAAAAGUUCGAUGGAAAAUUUCUCUCCCAACCGUGUGUUUGAUCUCGUUUAUUACGAUGCAUUCGCUCCAUCGUCCCAACCGGAAUUGUGGUCAACCGAUAUAUUCCGGAAAUUGAUAAAUAUGAUGGCACCUGGCGGAAAACUGGUCACCUACUGCAGUAAAGGAGAUGUGCGGCGUUCGAUGCAGGCUGCCGGCUUCAGUACGGAAAAACUCCCCGGACCUCCCGGAAAGCGGGAAAUGCUCAGGGCAAUAAAACCCGCAUCAUUUGCGUAA